CCCUCAUGCAACCUCUCUCAAUCAAAGUGCCCCCCCUCGCGGAGAUGUAUAGUACUGCUUGAUUUUCUGCAUCACAUCCUGAUAUACAGCACGAUUGCAACUUGACUCACUUUCGCUGUUCAUAUAAAUUUGAGACGACGUGGAAAUGGAGUCAAUAUACACCCAAGGUAUUUGGGUGGCUGAAUUUCUCCAGCAGCAGACGAGAAGUUUGGAAAAUUUUUGGCUUAUCAUCACUCAUAUUGGAGAUCCAAAGGCAGCUUUUCUGCUUGUCUUUCCUUUUACCUAUUUCAUUAGCAAACGAGCUGGAGUCGCGGUGCUUUGGGUCGCUGCCAUAUCGGAGUGGUUAAACCUGGUGUUUAAAUGGAUGCUGUUUGGAGAAAGACCAUUCUGGUGGAUAGGAGAAUCUCACUUAUUUGUCAGCACGCAACCUAGAGUUCACCAGUUUCCAUCCACCUGCGAAACGGGCCCAGGCAGUCCAUCGGGACAUGCAAUGGUGUCCGCAGCAGUCUGGUGGGUCGUGGUGUCCUCACUGGGGUCAUUCCUUUACACCCGUACCCACAGCCUGGUGAUAUCUGCUACUCCAUACUUGCUGUAUGUGCUGAUGCUGGUAGCAGUUGGAAUAUCCAGGAUCUUUAUCCUUGCCCAUUUCCCUCACCAAGUCCUUGCUGGCAGCAUCACAGGAUUCAUUCUGGGAAUUGUUCUGAGCAGCAAGAUACCAGAAGGUCGCCCCCUUCUGUUCUUCUUUAGCUUUAGCACCGGCUUGCUGCUCAGUGCUCUGAUGCUCCAUGCCGGACUGCAGCAGCUUGGAAUUGACCUCUCCUGGUCUAUUGUUGUGGCGAAGAAAUGGUGCAGUCGUGCAGAGUGGAUCCGUUUGGACACAGCCCCGUUCUCCUCUCUGACUCGAGACUGUGGUGCCCUGCUAGGUUUAGGGCUGGCCCUGUACUGGAAGCCUAGUGGAUGGCCCUUGCCGUGGGCUCCAAGAGCAUUGUCUCUGGCCAUAUCAUCCAUGGGACUUUACCAUGUGAAUCGUCUGCCACUCCCUGUUCAACCACCAGGCCUUUUCUAUGGGUUGUUAUUUGUUAAAUUUGUUAUAGUGCCUCAGAUCGUCAUGGUGCUUGUGCCAGGGCUGGUGUACCUUUUCACUGCCAGAAAGAAGAAAGACUAGAUGGGGAUUUCUCUGUGUUAGAGGGAUCUUUCAUACCCCAGAGGACUGCAGCUUUCUUGAGUUUUCACAAUCAUUAGAAUGUCUAUUUAAAACAUUUUAAGGUUUUACUUGUUCAAACUACUUUUUUUUAUGUCAAAAAGCACCUGAAUUUCUUAAGUUCAGUUUAAGAGUUUAUUUUUUAUGUAUGAUGGGUGUAUAUGGGCUUUAAGUCGGUGGAUUGGGACAGAAUUUACACUAAUUGCAUUAAAUGUAAAUGUUACAACAGGGUAUCUCAAAUCCCUGUACUUUUGGGCCAUUGUCCUGCAGGUUUUAGGUAUUUCCCUGCUUCAAUGCAAUAAACUUAAAUUAAUGGGUCAUUAUGCAGAACCUAACAAACGAUUGGAUCCAUUUAAUUGGAAUCAGGUGUGUAGGAGCAGGGAAGUUUCUAAAAACCUGCAGAACUGUGGCCCUCAAAGUUUGAGAUUACAGUGUUAUAAGUUUAGUAAAUUCUGCUGUAUUCGUACCAAACUGCUUGAAACUAAAGAUUGUUUCUGGGAAGUGUUUUGCAUUGAAAAAAUAUUUAUAUUGGAGAAUGUUUUAUGUAAGACCUACCAUUUGACACUAUUAUUGUGAAGAAAAAAAACUGUUAUUGAACAUUGAUGAUAAAAGAAGUAAGACUUGUCAAACAUUGUGCAUAAUUCUGGCAUCAUAAUGUAUGAAGAUUUGAUACUCUGUGGACGAAAAUAAAAUUCCAUUUGUAUGCAGUACACAAAUCUGUAAAAUAAAUAACCGACAUGCA